AUGCCUACCAUUAAGGCACUCCUUACUUCCCUUUUCAUUGGCGCCGCUUCGGCCGCUGGCAAUAUCACUCCAGGGGUUGAGCACGCUUGCUCGGAUCUUUCUCACAAGUACAACAAGUCUGUUGUAUUUCCUUCCGACCCUAGCUAUGUAAACGAAUCGACAGCAUACUGGGAUGUCCGAUCGGACUUGCAGCUGGCCUGUAUCUUCCUCCCUGAGGAUGCAAACCAGGUCUCCCAAGCCCUCAAGAUCUUCUCCAAACGACAGACCCAGUUCGCUAUUCGAGGAGGUGGCCACAUGAGCAACCCCGGGUCUAAUAACAUCGAUAAUGGUGUUGUAUUGGUUCUUACCAAGCUUGACAAGAUCAAGGUGCACCCGAAGGAGCUAACUUAUGAAGCCAGCCCUGGUAACCGAUGGGUUGACGUCUACGAAGCUCUCGCACCUCAUGGCCUCUAUUCUCUGGGCGGCCGUCUCAAAACUAUUGGCGUCCCUGGUCUAUCUUUGAUUGGUGGUUUCCACUAUUCCAAUAACAAAUACGGCUUCGUUAUGGACCAGGUACUGAAGUACGAUGUUGUCCUCGCCAACGGAACUCAAGUCGUCGCAAGCAAAAUAUCCCAUCCCGAACUCUUCUGGGGUCUGAAGGGCCAGUCCAAUAACCUCGGAAUUGUCACCAAGUUCACUUUCCGCGCCCUUCAGAUGCCCAAGAUCAGCACUACCAUUCAAAGUUUUAAUGAGUCUGAAAUCGAUGAUUUCUUCACCGCCGUCGACAAUCUAGUGAAAUACCAAGAUGGAAGAGUAGCUGCUGGUCAGCUCCUCACCGUCCAGUACAAUGCGACUACUAAACACGUUGAAGCUCAGCUUAUCGGUGUGCAAGAGGGGACUCAGUCGCCUCCUUCAACCUUUGCGAACUUCACGGCCAUCCCGUCUGAGUCAAAGAUUCACAAUGUUAGCCGCCCUGCUGACUUCCACUCUUUGUUGGACUCUCCUAAUCAGAUGUUCCGUGUUCAACAAGUUCAUGGCACCAUGAUCCCUGAUGUCGAGCAGAUCAAAUGGAUUUUCAGGACAUGGAAGGCUGCUGUAGACGACAUCGACGAUGUCAAGGGCCUCUAUCCCACUCUUGUCUUUAAUACCAUCCCUAAGAUCGCCCAGGCUGUCGCGAAGAAUAACGGUAUUGGUAACAUAUGGGGCUUACCUGCAAAGGAGUCACUGCUGAUUUGGCAAUUCAGUACUGCAUGGGCGCAAGCUGAGGAUGAUAUUCGUAUCACUAACUGGCUACGCCAAACCUUCGACUUCAUUGAGUCAUUGAACCGGGAGAAGAAGUUGGCAAGAGAUUUCCUCUACAUGGGAGAUAUUAGUGAGAUCCAGGAUCCUUUUGCGUCUUUCCCUUUGGAAAACGUUCAGCGCUUGAGGAAGAUUCGAGAUGCCUAUGAUCCUGAGCGGAUUUUUGUUUCUCUUAACUGGGGAGGGUUCAAGAUCGUCCGCAAUCAGGACAAGCCAGCAGUGGAGCUCACCAGUCACAAGGACCUUUCGGCGUACUCGCGUUUCACUAGAGCCAGCUACAGCGAACUCAUGACACUAUUUGCUCGGACGGUGGCAGAGCGCACCCGACCGGGACAACGCCAGGAUGUCGAGGAGCAUGAUCUCACAUCCCACGCUCUCGGCAGUAGCGAGGGUAUUUGCGGUAUGGUCGACGAUUUCCUCACCAAAUAUCCUCGAUCUACCUGGGCUGAUGGCGCGCAAGUUCUGGCUUGCCCAGAAUUGAAGGAGUACCUCUCCAAGUACCAGGAUCCGCAUCAGGCUGACAGCAUUCUCAAGAUCCAAAAGGAGUUGGACGAGACGAAAAUUGUCAUUCACAAAACCAUCGAAAGCGUGCUGCAGCGUGGAGAGAAGCUUGACGAUCUUGUUGCCAAGAGUGAUGGAUUGAGUGCCCAGAGCAAGCUAUUCUACCAGCAAGCCAAGCAACAAAACUCAUGCUGCGUGGUUAUGUAA